AUGACUGAAAGGAACAGCACCAGGGUGACGGAAUUCAUUCUUUUGGGCUUUUCAGUCCGCAGAGGGAUUGAACUCAUUCUCUUCCUGCUCGUUUUAGUGGUAUAUUCUCUAACUCUGGUAGGAAACCUUGGGAUGAUUUCACUAAUCCGACUGGAUUCUCGACUUCACACGCCCAUGUACUUUUUUCUCAGUACUCUGGCCUUUGUAGACCUUUGCUACUCUUCAUCAAUAGCCCCCAAGCUCCUGCAGACCCUCCUGACCAGACACAGGUCCAUAUCUUUCUAUGCAUGUGCCACACAGCUGGGCUUUUUCCUGAACUUCUUGAUCUUGGAGAUGUUCCUUCUUUCAGUAAUGGCUUAUGACCGCUAUGUUGCCAUCUGCAAUCCUCUUCUCUACGUGGUGGUCAUGUCCCCAAAGGUGUGUCUGCAGCUGGUAACGGGCCCUGUCUUAUACAGCUUUUCUGUUGCUUUGCUCCACACAGUUGUUACUUUCCAACUGAUCUACUGUGGCCCCAAUGUCAUCAAUCAUUUCUACUGUGAUGAUGUCCCUUUGAUGGCCCUUGCCUGCUCAGACACCAGCCUCAAGGAGAUCUUGAUUUUCAUCUUUGCUGGACUCAACUUGAUCAGCUCUUUGACCACCAUCCUUAUUUCUUACUUAUACAUUGUGGCUGCCAUCCUGAGAAUCCAGUCGACAGAAGGGAGGUGCAAAGCAUUCUCGACUUGUGGCUCUCAUCUGACCACUGUGACUAUAUUCUAUGGGACUCUGAUCUUCACGUAUCUGCAGCCCAAAUCAAACCAUUCCCUUGACACGGACAAAAUGGCCUCUGUGUUCUACACAAUAGUCAUUCCUAUGCUCAACCCCAUGAUCUACAGCUUGAGGAACCAAGAAGUAAAGAAUGCCUUGAGGAAAGCCAUUGACAAAUGCUAUGUCCUGCCUCUAAUAAACUUUAAAAAGUGA